CUUUAUCCUGAUGUAUCCAGGUGACCACGGAGCUAGGCCUCAGACAUGCUGUCUGCGGCAGAGAGGGGGCUGCUGUCUCCCCUCCUUCCCCAGCCAGAGCGGGGAUGACUGGGUGGUGGACGUGUGGAAGUGAAGUACUGAAGAUAAUGGAGACAGAAGCAGCUGAAAAUAAUCUGUACUUCACUUUUGGAGUAAUAGCCGAUAUUCAAUAUGCUGACGUACAGGAUGGCCUGAACUAUGUAAGGACAAGAGAACGUUACUAUAGAAACAGCCUCCGUUUGUUGCGCAAUGCUGUCAAAGAAUGGAAUGAAGAGCCUGUUGCUCCCAAGUUUAUUCUGCAGCUUGGUGAUAUAAUUGAUGGAUGCAAUUCACAGAUGAAGGCCUCAGAAGAAGCACUUCAGACAGUAAUAAAUGAGUUUACAAAUUGCCUGUCUCCAGUGCAUCAUAUCUGGGGAAACCAUGAAUUUUACAACUUUGACAGGAAGCAAUUACUGAAAUCUGUUCUCAAUAGCAAGCACCUGGAAGGUGAAGUAGUAUCGAGUAAUGUGCCUAGUAUUAGUAUUAAGAAUGACAUUAACCCUGAUGAUUCUGAGGCAUUUUAUGGCUAUCAUUUUAGUCCCUUUCCGAAGUUUCGGUUCAUAAUAACUGACGCAUAUGAUCUCAGCAUUCUUGGGAGGAGAAAGAGCAGUAAGAAACACAAUAAAUCCGUACAGAUCCUGAAAUCACACAACAAAAAUGAAGACCCCAAUAGCCCAAAUGGCCUUGCUGGAUUGAAUAUUCGCUUUUUGGGAUUUAAUGGAGGUUUCAGUCAAGAGCAGCUAGAAUGGCUAAAUGCUGUUUUAGAUUUCUCCGAUCACAACCAGGAAAAGGUAACAGUCGUUGGUCAUCUUCCGGUCCACCCAGGCUCUACGGAUCCAAUGUGUGUUGCGUGGAAUUUUAAUGAGAUGCUUUCGAUGCUCCAGGCACACACCAGUGUGGUAUGUUUCAUAGCAGGACAUGAUCACGAUGGCGGCUACUACUUGGAUAACUGUGGAAUUCACCAUCUUACCCUUGAAGGCAUGAUUGAAACAUCACCAGAGAGUCAAGCAUUUGGUACAGUUCAUGUGUACGAAGAUAGAAUGAUCCUUGAGGGAAGGGGAAGGAUUCCAAGGAGAGUUUUGUGGUACAGAGAAAGAUAAAUUAAUGGAUUUGUGUUGCUUUGUAGUCUGGCAGUUGAGUGGUACAAUGUAGUAUCUGCAGCACUUGGCUGGGAUGUCCAUCUGACAUUCAUUUGCACAAAUUUGCCUUGAAUUAUUGGCUGCAAUUUUUAACCAAAUUCAAACACCCUAGCACUGCGUUAGUUAUAGAAGACAUUCUCCAAGGGAGAACUUUAAGCAGCCCUUGAAUUUCCACAGGGUUAAAUAAUAGAUAAGGAAAACCUGAGCAUUUACACCUUUCGUGAUUUCUGGAAUUUGAUUCAAUUUGAAUUUGCCUCGCUGUGAAUUCCGGGUGUUAUUUUGGAUUCCUGAACUGAAUUAUUAUAUCAAUUCUUUCCUAAAACAUUUUAUAGUCAAUGAAAUCUUCAUGGUGUAAUUUAGGAAACAGAGAAACCAUUUCCAUUUAUUAGCAAUAGGAUGAAGGUCAGCUAAUCUGCUUUUUUUGUGAUGUUAAAGAAGGAAUAUGUAUUUGCCAGAGUACCUUUGAUCAUGACUACCCUGGUAACAUGGCAUGUUUUACAUUGUUCUGAGGACGGUUUUGGAUUAGAGUAGGGGUUCGAAAUCCGUUUUAUGCCAUGGACCCCAGAUUAGGAACCCCUGGAUUUGAGUGUUAAGUGUUAUCUUAAUGUAUUGAUUUAGAUAACAUUGUUGGUGAUAUAUAUUUAACAUUCAAAUGCAUCGGUAAAGCUAGCCAUGAUGUUCACAGCAACACAACUCCGCAUCAUAUUAAUUGUAUUGCAAAAUUUCAAAACACUUUUCCAAGAUUUUACAAAAUAUUUGUGUAAGAUUAUGUAGUUAACUAUAAUGAAGUACCUUGUGUUGCAGCUGCUUUUGCACUUUUAACGAUUUUACACAGCAUUUGGCUCAUGCUGCUGUUGUCUCCCAUCUGUAUAACUUAAUUAGAACAGUUUUGUGGUUUCUUUACAAACAUGUCUAGGUUUGCCCUGGCCCUGAAUACCACCCCCCCCACCACCCCACACUCGCUUUGACUUUGCACAAAGGAAUUCUGGUAAUUAAUGCAAAUAUCUUCCCUUGUGAUUUUCCCUUCCAAACCAGUUCAUAUCUUAUAAACCUAUGCACCCUAUCCCAAAUGGUGCUGUGGCUAUGUUUGCACUGAUGAGCUGUGUUGAAGGGCUGGGUAGGUCCUACUCUGAUAUUGUAAAGCCCAUCAAGAAAAAAGUUAAGAUAAAUUGUGUUCUUAAGAUAAUCUUAUUUGUGAAUGGAAUUGUUUUUGAAGUCAGAGACAGAAGACACUCUCAGUUUUGGAAUCUGGAGCAAAAGUACAAAGUGCAGGUUGAAAAUCUAUAGGAGCUGCAGAGUGCUGAUGCAGGGUCUCAGGUGAUGCAAUGUCAACUAUCUCUCUGUCUCCACAGGUGCCGCUUGACAUCCUGAGUUACUGCAACAGUACUUUGCACCUUCAGAUUAAAGCCUGUUUUAUUUGGAUUGUUUUAUUUGGAGCAUGCUGGGUAGAAUUUUAAUCAGUGCUGGUCAGUCAGGAGUUAAAUGCCUAUCUUUGAAGGUACUGCUGUCAGAUUAUUCAAUAUGAAUGUUGAAGCGAAUAGAACCAAAGAAAUGUGAGUAAACAGUCAUU